CUGUGGUUGAGUGUCAAAUAAUGUUCUUUCCAUGUUCGUUCUAACCUAUAUUAUCACCUAUUAUUAAAAGAAUUAUUAAUACAUGAAAAACAAAUAAAUAUAGUUAUUGUAAUUGUUUGGUUUUUUACAAUAUGAAUACAUUUCGCUGCUGUUUACGAAUAAAUUAUUUAAGUCAAUAUCAACAAAUACGACUGAUCCAUAGAAUAAGAGGUAAACCUCCAAUAUACAGCAGAACGAUUAAAGAGAGAUUAGAUGAGUUAAACUUUAAAGACGAAUUGUAUACAACGAGAGUGGACAUAGGGCUCCCGCUGGCAAAAAAAACAUCAUCUAAAGCCCGCAAAGAGCGUUUGGAACAUUCGAAAUCUGUAAAAAGUAACAAAAACUUGGAAGAGUUAGCCCGAAAAUGUAUGUUGGAAAUUGAUUUGGAACAAUCUAAGAAGGACUGGCUCCAUUCAUUGGGUCCUGUUCAUAAAAAACAGAUAGCUGAUCAUUAUGGUGUGUUCGAACAUCUCUAUGGUGAAGGUUUUUUUAUACCUCAAUUGAAUUUGGAAAUAUUUUAUGACAUAAAGGAUGAUACUUGUUUACCUGUCUAUUAUGGUAACAUAAUUAAGCCUGCUGAGGCACUCAAUAGUCCUCUUGUGUCUUAUGAAUCUGAUGGGAAUACUCUGUGGACCCUCGCUUUAAGUAAUCUUGAUGGGCAUCUGACUGAAAAUGAUAAGGAGUAUGUACACUGGUUGGUAGCUAAUAUUCCCAGUAAUUCCAUUGAAAAGGGUGAUGUAAUUGCCAAUUAUUUGCAACCAUUUCCAUUAAAAGGCACAGGCUAUCAUAGAUAUGUCUUUGUAUUAUACAAGCAGGAUGGAAGGAUUUCAUAUGACAUACCUCUAAUAACAUCAUCAUCAAGUCUAGAAGAAAGAACAUUUAGUACCAGAGAUUGGUAUCAAAAAUAUCAAGAUAGUAUUACUCCAGUGGGUCUCGCCUUCUACCAAAGUGAUUGGGAUCCAACUGUUAAAGAGUUCUUUCAUAAAACUUUAAAUCUAAAGGAACCAAUUUACGAAUAUGACUUCCCAGACCCGUAUAUAAGACCUCAAGAGUGGUAUCCACGAAGGAAACCGUUUAACUUGUACAUGGACAAAUACAGAGAUCCAAAACAAAUCAACAAAGAAUAUUUAUUACGUAAACUGAAAAAUGAAGAUCCAUUCAAGGCUCCUCCACCUCCACUAAGGUUCCCUAAUGCUCAUCCAUUUCCAAAGAGCAUGCCAUCAUGGUUGAAACUGCAUGAGAAAAAGAUAAGACUAAAAUGGGGAAGAGUCAAUGAUGUUUAGAUCAGUAUAAUAGAAAUAAUUAAAUUGGAUAUUUAUCAAUGUAAA